AUGUUGACGAACAGCGAGGAGCACUUUAUCGAGCACUUCUACUACAGCGCCGAGAGUCUGGAGGCGGCAGCGGACUCGCUGGCCGUUGGCAAUCUGCAAGAACAGCUGGAGCAAUUCAUGAACCAGCAGCAGCAGGAUAGGGAUUUUAGUGGCAGCGCGGACAGUCUAUCCGAUGGCACCAAUAGCUGCUCCCUGGAGCUGUACUAUGACACGCCCGCGGUGCUGGAGCUGGAGCAAAUGCUCAGCGCGCAGACGCAGCAGCAGCAGCAGCAAAUGGGCGCCGCCAAGUUCCAGACAAAGGCCGCCAAAUACUGGCACAAGACGGCGCGCAGCAGACCCUACGAUGCCAACAGCAGCGCCUAUCCCAGCGCAGCUUGCGAGGAUCAGGAGGAGCGCGACGAUUGCGCGCCCGAUGUCCUGCGCAAGCGUCGGCUGGCGGCCAAUGCACGCGAACGUCGCCGGAUGAACAGCCUCAAUGAUGCCUUCGAUAAGCUGCGGGAUGUGGUGCCAUCGCUGGGCCAUGAUCGACGGCUCUCCAAGUACGAGACAUUGCAAAUGGCGCAGGCGUACAUUGGGGAUCUGCUCACGCUGCUCUCCAGGGACUAUUGA